UACCCACUGUUGGUUUCUCUCUUUCUUUCUUUCUUUCUUUCAAUUCAGGGGUGAAGAUGGCUACCAAUGGCAGUAAUGAAAUAAAGAUCAAUAUUAGGAUAAGGGAUUCCCAGCAGACAUUGCGAACAUGUAAACGUUCUCCAGUUCCUAUUUUGAAGGAUCAAAUUGCUUGGUAUACUGGCGUUUCCUCAAAUAGACAACAACUUGUCUUCCGGGGAAGAGAUUUGAGAAACGAUAAACGUCUUUCAGAUUACAAUGUGGAAGAUGGUGACACUCUACAUCUGAAUAUCAUUAAUUUAGAUGGUGGAUCAAGUUCUGGGCAGCAUCAAGGCAAUAAUCAUGGUUCAGGAAUCCCGAAUAUAUCUGAACCGUUUGUGCGUCCUUUACUUGGACGGCCACUAGACGGUGCAAUGUUUCAGAUUUUUCAGAGAACAAAUGAGGAGGAUGAUUUUGAUCGUACGUAUUGUGAUAUACAUUAUGACGAAAUCAUAAGUGGGCAGUCUAGCCAAAGGGAGCUGUGGCGAGCUUUUAAUGUUGGAAACUCUGAUGAACAAAGAGUCUAUGGAUUAGGUGCUGUGAUUCGUGGACGUUUUAACAGUAAUUCAAGAGAUUCUCAGCAAGCAUUUGGUCAGAGUUAUUAUGUGCCAAUGCCAAAUGCUACUGGACUCAGUGGAGCUGAUCAACAUGGACAAUCUAACAAUAAUUCAAGAGAUUCUCAGCAAGCAUUUGGUCAGAGUUAUUAUGUGCCAAUGCCAAAUGCUACUGGACUCAGUCGAGGAGGAGAAGGCUCUGUGGCACCUGAAAAUGCUGGUCCUCAAUAUACAAUACCACCACUUCAAGAUUCUUCAGCAGAGGUCCAGGUUCGAGAGCAUACAGAGUAGCCAAACCCCAAACGCCAAAAGAAUCACUGAGACUCACUUUGCAGCGUUUGAUUUGAUUUGACUGAGCCUUUUGUGGAUGAUUUUGGUUGUUAGUUGAAUAAUAGUUUGUUUUGAUUUUUGUGAUGGAUGGAUUAGAGAGAUGUUGGAAUUGAAGGAUGUAUGUAGACAAUGAUUUUAAUUUGAAGGAGCAACAUUAUAAGUGCAAGUAUAAAUAGCUUUGUCAUAUCUUUGACUCUUGUUACAAAUUUGGGAGUUAAUACAAAAUUUAGUUCGUUCUUGACUAAA